AUGGACGAGAGUCUUCAGCUCGAACCACCUCGGGUACCGACUCCAACGGGAGACAAACGUACAGCACACCCUCGGAGCACCUCUUCCGAGUAUCCUUCCCCCGGGCACGCGUCGCCGCGUGUGCAGUCACCCGCGUCAACCGUUUGCAUUCAUAGACUCAGCUUCUCAGACCUCGCCCGAUUUGGUCGCGCCAAUGACCGCCUGUCUUAUCUCCGGUCCAGUACACCAACGUCUUCCACCCAAGACGCCAACGCCGACGUCAGCCGCCAUGACGUCCUCGAUGAGGCAUCCGCUGCCAUCUCUGAAUGGCGCGGGGAGCCAUGGUCAAACAAGGAGGCGCCGUACAACCACUAUGAGCUCACGGAUAGCUCAGAGGUGCUUCCUGGCGAUUCUCUGUCGCAGCGAGCAAGCCCAAAUCGCUCCGAAUCCGCCAACGGCUCGCUCAGUAUCAAGUUCGCCAACACGGUCUACCGCGGAGGGUCUCGUCGGCUCAGCCGCGCAUAUCACAAAUGGAAGCACCAGAACGAGGUGGAGCGCAAGCAGUUCGAGGCAUGGCGAGCGAACCGCCGCCGAGAGCACCCCGCCGAUCCGCUCAAGGGCAAGUCCGAGAAGGGGUUUGGGGUGUUUUCGUUUGAAAAGAGUCGCUAUGGUGACGAGGAGUGGUGGAAGGAGGGCGUGGCCAAGUAUCAGGCUCCGCCCUGGAUGUUGUUCCAGAAGUAA